GCCCUCCCCUCAUUGUCAGCGCCCGCACCCGUCGUCCGAGUCCCGGAGCCCCUCGCGGGCUGCGGCUGCCCAAGCCCGGGCUGGGAGGGAGGGAAGUCUGGCCGCUCCUGCUGCCCAGGGUGAGAUUGCCUCUGCUCAAAGGAACAAUAACAUACCAGGAAUACACAAGGUGUAUACCAUUCACCCAGACUAAGAAAAGCUUUAUUCUAAAAGGAAUAAAAUAACCAUGGCAGAAUGUACAGGUUACAAGGAAACCUCAAAUCGACACCUACGUUUCAAAUUGCAGAGCCUUAGUCGCCGCCUUGAUGAGCUGGAGGAAGCAACUAAAAAUCUGCAGAAAGCAGAGGAUGAGCUGCUUGACCUCCAGGACAAAGUUAUCCAGGCAGAAGGCAGCAACUCCAGCAUGCUGGCUGACAUUGAAGCCCUGAGGAAAAGAGUGCUGAAGAUUGAAGGCAAGGAUGAAGAAAUUAGGAAGGCUGAAGAGCUUUGCAGAUUAAUGAAAGAAAAACUUGAAGAGGAGGAGAGCCUCACUCGAGAUCUGAAGUCAGAAAUUGAGAUUCUUCAGAGGAGAAUGGCAGAUCURGAGAAGCUGGAGGAGGCCUUCAGCAGGAGCAAGAAUGACUGUACACAGCUGUGUCUUAGCCUCAAUGAAGAAAAGAACUUGACCAAAAARAUAUCUACAGAAUUAGAAAUACUUAGAGUGAAAGUGAAAGAACUGGAAUCAUCUGAGGACAGGCUGGAUAAAACUGAGCAGACCUUAACGGGUGAGUUAGAAAAGCUGAAAUCCUUAGCCAUGAGCUUUAUCACAGAAAGAAAACAUUUCAAUGAAAGAGAAAAGCAAAAUGAAAAAAUAAUCCAGGAACUAACACAGAAACUAGAACAAAACAAUAAAUUAAAUAGGGCAGAUCAAACUAGAAAUGCAUCCAAUUUGCUAGAAAGGUCAUCCAACAAUCUCCUGGACAGAAAUGAUUUGAGAAUUGAAGAUGACUUGACUUCUGCACUGCCUUCUAAGGAGACCAGGAGGAAGGGAAGUGUGGAUUACCUGAAACAUGUAGAAAAUGAAACCAGGAAUAAAUCAGAAAACCAAAAGAAUAAAAACCAGGAAGACAACAAAGUGAAAGAUCUCACCCAAGAAAUUGAGAAACUUAAAACUCAGAUCAAACAUUUUGAAUCUUUAGAAGAAGAACUUAAAAAAAUGAGAGCCAAAAACAAUGAUCUUCAAGACAGUUACUUGAGUGAACAGAAUAAAAACAAACUCUUAACAGGUCAGCUAGAAGAAAUAAAAAAGCAAAUAAAGAAACAAAAAGAUCUGGAGAAUGGAGAAGUUGAAAAUGAAGAUACAAGCUUUUCUAGCAGAGGAAAACAUGACCGACCUAAAUACAGAGGUAUCAUGACUGAUUUGGCAGCUGCUAAGCACAAGCCAAGGGAGCUCUCACCACAGCAGCGCCGGGAAAGAGCACGGAACAGAGAUUUCUCUGUCAGUAAUGACAGCUACAGCCAUAGUGGUAAGCAAGUGCCCAGUCCAAGCUUAAUGAACAGAAAAGCAGGGAAAGCAUCUGGUGCAUCUACCCUUUCAGACACUGCUGUCACAGAAACAAGAAGACAGGAAGAGAAAUCUUUAGUUUCCACUAUUUCUUCUAGUCAGAAGGAAGGCUGCAUCAUGCAGAAUGAGGGGAAGAGAUCCAAAGAGCAGCCGUCUGUCCUCAGCCGAUAUCCUCCUGCUGCACAGGAGCAGAAGUCUUGGAAAGCACCUUCUAAACCUGGUGGUGACACAGGCCUGAGAUCCAAGGCUGAAAAGGCAUCUCAGGUGCUCCGUGGUAACUGCCAAAAUGGUGCUGACACACGGGAUGAAAAGUCAAGCAAGGGAGAAUCAACGGCUUCUUUGGCUGAGAAGCUGAAAACAAAUCAGGCUGAAGUCAGUGACUGCUCGGGGGACACACAACUCACAAGAGGUAACCACACCUCUUCCAAUGGCACAGCUUCAGCAUACAGGUACCACAUGUCCUCCAGUGUGUCAGCCUCAGACUCUGCUGGCUCUAAAGUAGAAGCAGCRAGCACUUUUGCUGCAUCACACAGACAGCCCUCAGAGGGGAGGGCUAAAAGGGCAGUAACCUCCCAGGAAAAAGAAGUUGCAGACACAUCACUUCAAAGUGUGAAACUUUCAAUGCUUACAAAGCGUUCCCAUCACUCCAGGAGUCAGGAAGACAUUCUGCAGAUUCUCACAGGUCUUGAUAAAGCAGACACAGAUCAGUCCUCAAGUUCAGCAACCGAUCACAUAAAUACCGGUUUAAAAACUGACUCCAAAACCAUCCAGAGUAACCAGGAAAAACUUAAUUCAGAUGAAGAAUCAGGAAGAGGCAAAAAAACAACCACUCAAUCAGAUUUUGAGACAAGAAAGAAAGUCAGUUCCAAGCAGUUCUCCAAUUCRAGGGGAGUUUUUAGAGCAUCACUUUUAGAAAAUGACAGAAGCACUGUGAAUGAUGAAGACUCUACCAAGUGCACAAAACCUUCAGAUGCCAGCACUGAAGGACUGAAAUCCAGAAGAUCGUUCAGCCCAAGAGAAGCUCUGAGAUCAAAAGCCAUCAUUAAACCUGCAAUUAUUGAGAARGAUAUGAAGGCAGUCAUGGGAGAGACUGUUCCAGAGGCAGAGUCAGAAAAACAGAAAUCUGUUUUAAAAAUGGUAACAAAUAAAAUGACAAGCAGCAUCACAAUCUUUCCUUCUGAGCCAACAGCUCCAAGGACCAGUGCAGAUACAGCAGCAAAGGAAAGGCAUGUUACCACCAGCAACAUCAGGGUUGCUUCAAAUGAGCCUUCAACAUCAGUAACAAACAAUGUCCCUUCACCCUUUGAGAUCUCGAUUAAUAAAAGUGCUCUGAAAUCAUCUGAGACUGACAGAAGUGGAGAGGCAGCGCCGAGAAGUAAAGCUGAAACAGUGGUCUCGAGAAGCAGCAUUAUGCUAAAGACUUCUGAACUGMCAGAGAGGAACAGUGAGACACCUGCAGAGACAAUCAGCUGGAAGAGCCAUGGCUCAUCAGAUGCAGCUUCAUCCGAAACAAAGCAUGUCACUGUGAGAAGUUCCUGGAGAACAAGACAAGGUCUACAUUCCCUGGAGGACUCUCAAACCAAAGUGGAGAAAAGUGCAUCUUCCAGUGCCACAAACUUGUGUAGGUCGUCAGUGGACCUUUUAGAARUGGAAGGGAGUAGUCCAAAAUCAGACUCCCUGGAGCAGACUUCAUCAAGGACGAAUGCCGCUGCUAAUUCUUGGAGCGCCCCUGAACUGGGGUCCCGAAGGACCAAAAGUAACUUAAGUGCAUCUGAACUGCUAACACGCAGGAGCUAUGCAAGUGAAMCUACAGCAGCUGCUGCUUGGCAGCGGAACACGCUACCUGAUGAAAACAAGGAUUUUGUGUCCAGUUCAAGAAGGAAGCAUUACGGCUCUUCUGAGUACCUCUUACAGAUGGAUACUCUGGGGAAAAGGACAGCCACCAAGGUGGAGCUGAAGGACCCUGAAUCCAACUCCCCUGCACCACCUGGUCUCCAAGGAGAGGAGCAGGGUGCUUCCCGAGCUUGCCGGACAUCUCGGAGAUGAGCUGCAUUUCCUUCUUCUCAGUGAACAUGGUGAAGCAAGAGGCAGGAUAGUACCAACUCACAGGCCUCACACCUGUUUGUGACCUCUCCAGAGGCUUCAACCAGCCUGAAACCAGUUUUGUAAUGCGAUUUGAAAGGUACAGGAGCUUUACCAGUSAAUUAUUUUUCUUCAUUGCUGAAGAGGCAGCUGCAGAGGCUUUGCUCAGGGGACUCCCACUUCUCAUCUCUGUACCUGCAAUCUUAAUCUUCCCUGUAGGAUGAUAGGUCUGUCUCCAUAUGGGAACUCUGACUACCUAGCCUCUCCAAACAAUGGUACUCUUUUUGCAAAGAGAACUUUUUGUUAUUCACUUGCAUUCACACAAGAUUCCAGCAGUGUCCCAGUACUACAUCCACUAUUCCAUGACAGCUGUCCACAACAAUUGCAAGUUUUCAGUUCAUAUGGACAGUUUGCAUWUUCCUAAUACACCUUUGUUGGCUGGGGUAGUGGUCACCUCAGCACYUGUGUUUCCAGCACCUGUGUUUGUCUCUAGGCAAGAGGAGAUUGUUCCCCACUAGCGAGUUUACACAUUGAGCGGGAAGGAGAGCAGAAAAUGUUGUUUAGAAGGAUUUGGUUCCCUAUCUCUGUCAGUCUCUGCAACAAGCUUUCCAUGACCUGCUCAUCACCAUUGAGAUCCUGCACCAAGAAAUCAUCCACUGAGCCAAGCUCACACAGCAGCAACACCUCCUCCUGCCUGGGACCAUUUACCUGAAGCUUUAUGUCUGUCACACUGCAGGCAACAACUCUGUGGUUUGUGCAAGGCAGUUGAGCCCUAAGAGAAAAAGAAACACAAAUGCUUUUCCUCAUAGAAAAGCAGAAUGUCGUUGUUCCUUCCCCACACAGGGUGGAGACAGCUGGAUUGGACCUGAGCUGCUCUCCAGUAGCCUUGGUCUGUGCCUCACCCUGCACCUGCCAUGCCUGGGACCCAGGAAUGRUCAGAGAGUGCUUCAAACAGAGCUGUGUGUCCCCAUCAGUGCCUGCAGGCCACUGAGUGCAACUGGUGUCAUUGUUGGGCCAACAGAGUCUCCACAGCUCCACGAGGUGCUGCAGCAGCAUCUGUCCUGAGCAAGGGGAUUGUACCUGGCUCACAGACAGGGCUCAGUCCUUCCUUUCCAUCCCAUCCCAUCCCCCAGUUGCUGAGCUGGCCCCUACAUGAACACCACUGUCCCCCCAGUGUUUCCUGCUCCUGUCCCUCUCUGCAGUGGGACAAGGAUUAUGCUCCAAAUCAGUCCCUGAUCUGUGUCAGAGGYGCUGUGGGAAGAGCUGCACCCCAAYAGUUUCCAUGUCUGAGUUGCACCCCACACUUGUUCCUAUAUCCCACYUCCAGAGGAGCAGUACCAGAUCCAUCUGAUUGCCUGUACUGCAUCUCCCUGUGCUGCAGCUCCUCCCUGGCCUGAGAAAUACCCAUGUCAAUUCUCAAAAGAAAAUUAAUUUWAAAAAAAAAUAGAGCUGUUUGAAAAUAUGUAUGACAACAUUUAUACAAAAGGGAUGUGUUUCAGUGACAUGAUUUUUACUUUUUAUUAAGAUUGUUUAGAGGAAGGGAAAAAUUAUUUUUGAAAAAGAAGUUUCUUUUUGGAAUUUUUAAGGUUGUUUUCCAAAGUGCAUAUUUUUAACCCUUUAUUAUCUUCUUUUACAUGUSAUGACAUAUGUGUCAAGUUGCAUAACAAGACAAAAAGGUAAUAUUUUUAAAUUAGUACUGAGUGGCAACUCCAAUAAUCUUUAAAUUAUAUUAAAACAAAUACAUCAGCUGCUCUCUCUUACCAUUGACAUGGUAGUGCUAGUAGAAUGAGAUACUGGGAAAACACUUUAAACUCAAUCUCCAAACUAAAAAUGAAAGUAAGUGAAAUUCUGAAGCUAAAUUCAGACUUACAAACUGUCUUCCCCUGCCCCAUGUUUAUCAGGAAGGACUGGAAACCCUUGUGGAUUUUGCUGUGUAACAGUCCUGUGCAAUGGCUGUAUCCUUCCUCAGCCCCCUGCUCUGCUCAGCACUCACUCUGUGUCAGGUUCAUGGCCACCACCCAACACCAGACAGAUUGCCUGAGCAGCAGCACUUCCCUUGCCUCUGUGUGCCCUGCUCCUUGCCCAGCAGGUCCCAGCAGUGCCCAGCUCUGCCCUGCUUUGGGGGCUGCUGGCCCUGCCCAGCACAGGAUGCUGCCUCUGACUCUGCCCCUUCUUUUCAUGUUCCCCUCAAAACUAAAUCUGCUGCCUCGGCAUCCCACAUGCCUCUCACAGUACCUGCCUGCUUAAUCUGGGAGCAGCUGGGAGGCAUCUUGGCAUGUACCUGUCUCUUCAGAUGUCACAGGGAUUCUGCACAUUGCCAAACCUCUGCUGAGCAGCUCUCCAGCUGUGUAACCUGUACCAGUCACAGUCACCGUGGGASAACCACAGCUGGGUGUUCUGGAACCAGAGAAUUGCAAUGUUGUGGGGCUCCCCCACCCUGGGUCACUGCUGCCCAGGACUUGCAGCUUGUACAAACUGCUGGACAGCACGUACAUMCUGAGGACAAGGAUCACUCUGGGCAGUGACUGAACGGCGUUCCUCAGUCCCAGCCCCAUCCUGCUGCACCAUGCAGGUCCACAUAUGGCAGGACAUCUCCAGCUGCUUACUCCUUCUCACCUUGGCAUGGAUGUGGCUUAGCUUGGUGCUCCCAAAGAGCCUUCCAAGGGAAGUGGUUUCAGUCCUGGUGAAGAAAUCUCUGUAUCCCUGUGAUUCAGCACGUGGUGCUUACCCACAAAGCACUGGCUUACCCAUCAGCUUCUCAACCCCGCUGCUCACCACAAGAACACAGCCCCAUGUCUGCAGUGCAAGGGAAGAACCACCAGCAGCAAUUGUUGGGUUUCUCCUUCUGUCAGUCAGGACCAGGCUUUGCCCAAGGAACUGGAGGGCUUUACCUGCUGCUCAGCUGGCUUAGCCCCAGCUACUGCUCCAGCAACGCAGCGCUGCUGGCACUGUCUGCUGUCUUCAGGUGCUUCUCAUAGAUGAUGUCUCUCCUUUCUCCAGCUGCCUCAGUUAUUUGCUCAAUAUUUUACAGCAGAUACYUUGAACUCCUGUUUUAGACUCAGUCUCACUGCUUGUAAAUACUGGACACAGAUGUCACUUGGUAACUGCACACUGGUUGUUUUUACCACAGYUGAGAUUAAAUCUGAGAAAGAAAACCCUGCCUAGAAUGGAAAGGGACCAUACCCUCUAGUCAAUGAGUGCAAUAGGAGCUGAUUGUAUUAUUAACCUUAUAGCAAUGACUUCAGGAAACACAAUGUGUUUAUUCAAAUUGCACACUUUUUUUGAACAGCUGUAAAAUAGAGUAUAUGUGUAAAUAUUGCCAUCACUGAAGAAGUAUUUGUAAUUUUAGCAUAUAAAUAUAACAAGCUUUUCAGUAGGCUUGAUGAUGCACAAGGCCAUGCAUCGAGCCCUCGGGUAAUUCCAAAGUUGUAAAUGUAUUUGCUGUACAGAGGAAGUUUGUCACUUCUUGCUGCUUCCAAGGAACCUCAGCUGCUGAUCCCUUGUGGAGAGCCAGUGGCUUUCCCUGGAAGAGCUGUCUCCAGUCCRAGGGACCAGCAGCUUACUGCUUUGUGGAAUGGCUUCCUUCAUGUCCAGAAACACGGCUGCAGCCUGCAGAGCUGCCUCUCCAGCUCCUCAGGGCUGGGGGGUGACAGUUUGGCCACCCGCCCGUGCUGCUGUGCUGUGCACCCACAGCCCUCCUGUGGACRAGACCCCAGCAAGGGAAAAGGCAGGAAGCACAGGGCAGGGGAUGCGCCUUGGUGCUUCAAGAGACACUUGACACGAGCAAUUUCCCAGCUGCAGAUUGAAGCAAUAGUCCCAUUGGUGCCAUCUCUAACACAGCAGUCCUCAUCCCUGCCACCCUUGCACACAGUUGAARCGAUCAGGGCGCUGCUCCUCCCCAGGCUGGGCUGUGUGUGACWGAACAUGAAGCCAUUGUUUGCAGAUGUGGCCGAUGGUCAGGAUCCAAGGCCCAAAGGAUCAUCCUCYUGGGUUGUGCAGUGCCAGCUCCUGCUUUGGGGAAGCAGCACUCCAGGCUGCAUGGAAUGUAUUUUUAAAAGAAUAAAUCUAUUUUUUUGUAUUUGUGAACAUAUAUUUGGGUGGGGCAGCUUAGUUAGAAGACAAAUAAUGUAAGAAAUCUUUUCAUAAUCACAGGUUCAUCCAAGUUAAGCAGAUUYUCCAGGGUUACAGUAUUGCCUUUUUCCCUAAAACAAACUUUGUGUCUAAUAGAGCUAUCAGCACUGUUCCACCCUCUUAGAACUUGCCUUGUCUCAGCAUGCUGAGUAGAGGAAAGCCAGAGCUUUCCUCCCCAUGCUGCCCAUGCGUGGAUACAGAUGGUGCUCACCUCCUUCCAGUGACACAGUGCUCUUAGUCUGCAUGCCAAAUAUAAACACCCACUUAUCUGCAUGUCUCUCCUGGCUCAAACACUGUCAGCGUUACAGUAUAUAACCAAUAAACACUCUUCUCUUUUUACAUGGGUGUGAUGUGGUGUUUAUGGCUGAGCCUCUGCAGUGCCCACUGCUCGAGAGUUCUGCUGUCCCUGGGAGAGGCACUGAGGCAGCAGAGUGUGUGUUUUUGUGUGUGUCUGUGUGUGUGUUUGUGUGUGUGUGUGUGUGUCUGUGUGUGUGUUUGUGUGUGUGUGUGUGUCUGUGUGUGUGUUUUUGUGUG